UGGGGCAUACCAACCACCACUGAAAUGGGGGAAGCUGACUGCCGACCGUCCUCGAAGAUGCCUCUUUCCUCACACUAAACCCUGAAGCCGCUUCCUUUCACUGCGACCCGGUCGAACAGGCGCAGAAGAGAAAGCAGGGGAGGAGCCUCAGCCAAGAGUAAAUGGGCAAGUUCCCCGCCGAGGAAGAGUAGGUGGUUCAGUCCACAACAUGGCGGCCACCAUGAAGAAAGCGGCAGCAGAAGAUGUUAACGUUACUUUUGAAGAUCAGCAGAAAAUCAACAAGUUUGCUAGAAACACCAGUAGAAUUACAGAACUAAAAGAAGAAAUAGAGGAUAAGAAGAAACAGCUUCAGAACUUGCAAGAUGCUUGUGAUGACAUCAUGGUGCUUGACGAUGAUUCAUUACUGAUACCAUAUCAAAUUGGAGAUGUCUUCAUUAGCCACCCCCAAGAUGAAACAGAAGAGAUGUUGGAGGAUGCAAAGAAAAACUUACAGGAAGAAAUUGGAACUUUGGAAUCACAAGUGGAAUCCAUCCAGAGAGUAUUAUCAGAUCUUAAAGUCCAGCUUUAUGCUAAGUUUGGCAACAAUAUAAAUCUUGAGGCAGAUGAUAAUUAAACAGAAUAGACAUAGUAU